AAGGGCCUGUGGUCACCAAGGGUGCCUCCAGGGGACAGCGACCAGGCGGCUGAGGAAAGGGGAAGAGGCAGGGAGCCCAAUAUCUGGUCAAGGAUCAACAUUUUGGGGGAUGAAGUUGUUGCUGCCUCUCUGGAAGCGACUGGAGCGCGAGCAGAUUCCCCAGUCAGAGCCAGCGUAGUAAACACACUUCAGAAACGUGAGGUGCCGGGGGUCACGUGGGGAGUGCACCCUCCAAUGAGGAGCCGGGGGCGGAGCCGAGGCCGCUGACGCGGCGGUCGAGGCGGUGGAGUCACCCGGGCAGCCUCGGGACCGGUCACCGGCCGGGAACCGUCCAGCGGCCCCGACCACCGCCUCGGUCCUCCGUGGUCGCUCUCGGGCCGAGAGGCAGCGCCGCCAGCCGAGGCUGAAUCGUCUCCCGACCCUCUGCGGGGCUCAGCUGAGGCGGGCCGUUUUCUACGCACGGGCCGCCUUGGUGGGGCGAGGUUUCCGUGACGAACCUCCUGGGGCUGCCCGUGCCAGCUCGGGCCGUCGUGGCGGCUCGAGCUCCUGGAGUUGGCUGGCGCUCCGGGGGUCCCAGGCCCUCGAAGUUUUGCGUCUCCUCCGGGCGAUGGCAGCGGGCGCCGGCUCCUAAAGGGCGUCACACGGGGACUCCGCCGUCCGGGCAACCUCCAUUCAUCUUCCAGCUGCGCCUCCAGCGCCCUCGCCUUCUCGCGUCCCCUCCUCGGAUUCCUUUUAUCCUGACCCCGCUCUGCCGCCCUUUCCUCACUCCUUGGGUGCGGCGGUUCUCCUGGAAGCGCCGGUGUCGGUUAUGAGCCGGACCCUCCUGCUUUGAAUUGCUGCGUUGGAGGAAGUCGGUGGUGACCCGCCUGCCCCGGGCAUGGGGGUGAACGCCGUGCACUGGUUCCGAAAGGGGCUCCGGCUCCACGACAACCCCGCCCUGAAGGAGUGCAUCCAGGGCGCGGACACCAUCCGCUGCGUCUACAUCCUCGACCCCUGGUUCGCGGGCUCCUCCAAUGUGGGCAUCAACAGGUGGCGAUUUUUGCUUCAAUGUCUUGAGGAUCUUGAUGCCAAUCUACGAAAAUUAAAUUCUCGUCUAUUUGUGAUUCGUGGACAACCAGCAGAUGUGUUUCCCAGGCUUUUCAAGGAAUGGAACAUUACUAAACUUUCAAUUGAGUAUGAUUCUGAGCCCUUUGGAAAGGAACGAGAUGCAGCUAUAAAGAAACUGGCUACUGAAGCUGGAGUAGAAGUCAUUGUACGAAUUUCACACACAUUAUAUGACCUAGACAAGAUUAUAGAACUCAAUGGUGGACAACCGCCUCUAACUUAUAAAAGAUUUCAGACUCUCAUCAGCAAAAUGGAACCACUGGAGAUACCAGUAGAGACAAUUACUUCAGAAGUGAUAGAAAAGUGCACAACUCCUCUGUCCGAUGACCAUGAUGAGAAAUACGGUGUUCCUUCACUGGAAGAGCUAGGUUUUGAUACAGAUGGCUUAUCCUCUGCAGUGUGGCCAGGUGGAGAAACUGAAGCACUUACACGUUUGGAAAGGCAUUUAGAAAGAAAAGCUUGGGUGGCAAACUUUGAAAGACCUCGAAUGAAUGCAAAUUCCUUACUUGCUAGCCCUACUGGACUCAGUCCUUAUCUCCGAUUUGGCUGUUUGUCAUGUCGACUCUUUUACUUCAAACUAACUGACCUCUACAAAAAGGUAAAGAAGAACAGUUCUCCUCCCCUUUCUCUUUAUGGGCAACUGCUAUGGCGUGAGUUUUUCUAUACAGCAGCAACAAAUAAUCCACGCUUUGAUAAAAUGGAAGGAAACCCCAUCUGUGUUCAGAUUCCUUGGGAUAAGAAUCCUGAGGCUUUAGCCAAAUGGGCAGAAGGCCGGACAGGCUUUCCGUGGAUUGACGCGAUCAUGACACAGCUUCGUCAGGAGGGUUGGAUUCACCAUUUGGCCAGACAUGCGGUUGCUUGCUUCCUCACACGAGGUGACCUAUGGAUAAGCUGGGAAGAAGGAAUGAAGGUAUUUGAAGAAUUACUGCUUGAUGCAGACUGGAGCAUAAAUGCUGGAAGCUGGAUGUGGCUGUCUUGUAGUUCCUUUUUCCAACAGUUUUUUCACUGCUAUUGCCCUGUUGGUUUUGGUAGAAGAACAGAUCCCAAUGGAGACUACAUCAGGCGUUAUUUACCUGUCCUAAGAGGCUUUCCUGCAAAAUAUAUCUAUGAUCCCUGGAAUGCACCAGAAGGUAUUCAGAAGGUAGCCAAAUGUUUGAUUGGAGUUAAUUAUCCCAAACCAAUGGUGAACCAUGCCGAGGCAAGCCGUUUGAAUAUUGAAAGGAUGAAACAGAUCUAUCAGCAGCUCUCACGAUAUAGAGGACUAGGGCUUCUUGCUUCCGUACCUUCUAAUCCUAAUGGGAAUGGAGGUCUCAUGGGGUAUGCACCUGGAGAAAAUAUCCCAGGUUGUAGCAGCAGUGGAAGUUGUACUCAAGGGAGUAGUAUUUUACAUAAUGCUCAUGGAGACAGUCAGCAAACUCACCUGUUAAAGCAAGGAAGAAGCUCCAUGGGCACUGGUCUCAGCAGUGGGAAACGUCCUAGUCAGGAAGAGGACACACAGAGUAUUGGUCCUAAAGUCCAGAGACAGAGCACUAAUUAGAUAACAUUCAGGAAGAAUAUGGUUGCAGCUGAAAUUGCUGGGAAAUUCAGUACUUUUCAAUUAAAUUAUUUAAAAAGUUCUUCAUUGAUGGAAAGCAGUUACAUUUUGAGUGCAUUAUUUCUAAUGAUAUUUCUGUGUUUUUUAACUUUUUGAUGAAUUUCACAUAGGGCAGGUGGUAAUUUGUAUAUAAAGAACUUGGUAAAAGAAUUUGCUUAAUGUAAAUAUAAAUAGUCACAAUUAGUAUAGACCCAUCAAUAUAUUUUUGAUAAUCUUUCAUGUAUGGUAAAAGUUUAAGUUGCAAAUUGAUAUUCUGAUAUACAACUCAAAGUUUUGAGAAUCAAUGUGAGAAAACAGGUUUUUAGACUUUCUUAAAAUGCUUUGUUAAAAUUUUAGGACAAAAUUUUUUUGACAUUAUUGUUUGACUUUGCACUCUUUCAUAAUAAUGUUUUAGAAAAUAUGCAUAAUCAAAAUUAAUAUGUGUAGUCUCUGUUAACACAGAAAAUAUAUGUCUUAAAGCUUCACGUAUGCCUGUUUUGACCCAAAUUUGUAGAAGAAUCAUGUGUUGUCUCUCUGUCUUUGUUCAUUUACAGCUAAAGUGACUUUGUUAUUAAAGUAUAUG